AUGAAGGAAAAAGAGAAGGAGAAGGAGAAGGAGAAAGAGAAGAAGAAGAAGAAGAAGAAGAAGGAGAAGAAGAAGAAGAAGAAGAAGAAGAAGAAGAAGAAGAAGAAGAAGAAGAAGAAGAAGAAGAAGAAGAAGAAGAAGAAGAAGAAGAAGAAGAAGAAGAAGAAGAAGAAGAAGAAGAAGAAGAAGAAGAAGAAGAAGAAGAAGAAGAAGAAGAAGAAGAAGAAGAAGAAGAAGAAGAAGAAGAAGAAGAAGAAGAAGAAGAAGAAGAAGAAGAAGAAGAAUGCCGUGCUAGCGGAGGAGAGAAAUGCCGUGCUAGCGGAGCCGAGUCCGCAGCCCGGCCACGGGAAAUGCUCUCGUUGGCAAAUGGGGGCGGAGAAGAAAGGCCUCCAGAUGCUAGAGCAUGGGGAUUUGAAUAGCGCGGCCCUACGAGGAACAGAAAGUCUCAAAAUUCUCAAGAAGAGACGGUCGCUCCGCCUGCCGACUGCCGCCGGCCUCCCUCUGACAAGAACGCACACAGGUCGCCCGUGUGUCCGCGAGGCGAGAGCGCGGUCGAAAAGUCUCUCCUUCUUGUCAGUCAGCAAAGUGUCGCCUUUUUCCCCUUCGUACGGGUCCACGAAAGGUAGGAUCGGAGAACAGUACAGUUCGUUCGCGUCUCCCUCGUCUGUGGCGUGUCCGCGUCCUCUGAGCGAAGCGCUGCGCUCGUCUCCGGGCUCUCAGAGCCCCCGCCAACUCUCCUCCGUCGUCUCUUUUUCUUCCUUCUCUCUCUUUCGCAUGCAGUCUGUCGGAUGCCUACUCGCCGGUGGCCUGCUCUGCGCCCUGCUUCUCACUGCUCUCCCCCUGACCGCCUCCCCUCUUUUGGACGUGGUGUCUGCGCGGACACCCGAGAACCCCGCCGAGUCUUCUUCAGUCUCGACGUCGUCAGGCGGCGUGGCGGGCGCCGACGCAGAGAGAGGGAAGGCCCAAGAGACAGGAGACAGAGGAGACAGGAGCGUGACGGUCGAUGAUGUAGCGCACGCAGAGAUCCAGAUGCUCGAUCGCCUCACAGCUGACCUGAAGAAUAGCCCCCUCGCUCAGGACUUUGACGCAGAAGAAGAACGAAGACGGGAAUUGGUCGACCAGCACCUCACGGACCGACAGCAGAUGCUCAAAAUGGUCGGCUGCUUUUGGCUGGUCCAGCAACACCACACCGAAAACCGGCCUCUCUAUAAAGCUGUCGUCGAAAAAGCCUCCCCUGAAAAGGGAAUGCGGCAAGACGAGAUGCUUCGUCUCAUGUUCCACGGGUCCUGGGUCGCGUGCUACCAGAAGUUCACCACUGCGGAAGACGUCGAGCGGCUUUUUCUCGGCAUGCUGAGCAGCCAAGAGCGGCUCUCGUCGCUGCUGCGCGGGCCCGAGACACCCAUCCGAUUCUCUAAAAGACAACAUCAUUCUGCAGAGCAACUGAUCCGAAGACUUGCGCACAUCUCGCCUGCGAACCACAAAGCCAUCAACGGGUUUUGGGGGUACACCUACGCGGCCGUGAUUAUCCUGCUUUUGUUCUUCGCGAUCCUUUUUCUCCACCGCGUGUUGAAGACGCGAAGGCGCCGCAACGGGCACCAGACUGACAUGUCUCACUCGCGGAAACUUGGCGCAAAGCGCAGCGGGAAAAACCACUAG